AUGAGCCACCGUCGCAAUAACAAACUGGGAAACCAAAAGCCCAUGACCGAAGAAAACUUUUCGACCAGCGCGGCUUUAGACGUCUCCGUCUCGCCCAAAUCUGUGUCGAAUAGCCCUCCGGGAGUUUUAGUCCUCGAGGAAAACAACGACCUUAGACCAUCGGAAGAGGAGAUUUUAAUGUACGCCACCAGCAUUGGAAUUGACAUAAAGAAGGAACCGGAAUUAAUCUAUCUAGCUCGUGAGGGUAUUUCUGCCCCUCUCCCCGAAGGCUGGUCUGCCAUUCAGGACAAAGAUAAUAACAUCUUUUUUCGCGAGUCCUCUACGGGAAGAACUACCCAGGAGCACCCCAUGGAUGCCCUCUACCGAAAACUUGUCGCUGAAGCCCGAAAAAGCAAGAAAAUCAAUACCAAUACCACUGCCGGCACCACGGUGGUUGCUGAGACGAAGCCGCCGUCCACAUCUAAGCCCCAAUACAGUUCGACUGAGGGUCAAAAGGCGCCAGAGGGCUCAAAGUCGGUCGUCGUCGACGUUGAGAACAAGCCUCCGUUGGCGUCACUCGAACCAGCUUCA